UUACUGGUCGCCAAUGUCCGAGGGAUCAGGGGUAGCAAGUUUGUUGGCAGCUCGUCCAGCUCGCCCUGCUCGCGGACUGCUUAGCGGUCGGUCAUUUUUCACAUUUUCACCCCAUUGCAUGAACCGUCCGUCUGUGUCCCUCUCGAGGCGAGGGCAAUCUGUGGGCACCACUCCACCAUCAGCGAAAGGCGAACGGAGCACCGGUGUCGACCACCUCCUCAGCUCUGCUGUUUCGAGGAGUAGCUCAGCGCACAUUUCUGAUAAAUGUGAGUGACGAUCCGCGGGAGGAGUGAAGUGAAGUGACCUGAAGUGGAGUGGAGUGGAGUGGAGCACGGCGAUUCUUCGGCUGUCAUCUCUCUCUUGGCGCCGUCGGAAGUGCAUGAGAGUGUCGUCGGAGCUGCCGUAGUAGAGGAAGGACGCUGGGAGCGAUGGCUCGCCCGCAGCAGAUGAGCGCUAUGUGGAUUUUGGGUCUGAUGUUCGCCGCUCUCACAGCCUCUGCCUACGCGCAGUCCACCAACACUCUCGACACCACUACCUUCGAUGAGGCCUUCAAUGUCCUGUACGGGGCUGAUAAUCAGAUAGAGCGAUCGAUGGACGGCCGCGCUGUGAGCCUGUCCAUGACCGAACUGACAGGUUCUGGUUUCCAGUCGAAGGACACUUACUUGUUUGGACAACUUAGCAUGAAAUUGAAAUUGGUCCCCGGCGACGCUGCAGGAGUCGUUGUCUGCUUCUAUCUGCACACGAUGACUGAGAACCACGACGAAUUCGAUUUCGAGUUCCUCGGGAACAAGUCCGGGGAGCCGGUCAUCCUGCAGACGAACAUUUACGCCAACGGGAACGGCGGACGCGAGGAGAGGAUCUUCCUCUGGUUCGACCCGGCCGAGAAGUUCCACACCUACACCGUCCUCUGGAACCACAACCAAGUCGUAUUUUACGUCGACUCUGUGCCCAUCAGGGUUCUGAGGAACACUCCUCAAUCUCAGAGCUUCUACCCCAAAGUGAGGCCCAUGUACGUAUUCUCCAGCAUCUGGAACGGGGACGACUGGGCCACGAGAGGAGGACUCGACAAGGUGAACUGGACCAACGCUCCGUUUCUGGCUCACUACAAGGACUUCAAGAUGAACGGAUGCGUGUACAACGGCGUGGAUCCAGCCCCGGACUGCGUUUCCCCCUUCUACUCCACCACUUGGUGGAGCACUCACGAUGAGCUGAACGCAGUGGAGCUCAGGAAGCUCGAGUGGGUGCGGUCGAAUUACAUGAUCUACGACUACUGUACAGAUUUUACGAGAUACCCGAUGUUGGCUACGAACUUCACCGAGUGUGCGGCUCCUUGAAGCAAAUUUUUGAGGGUUUGGAAUUGUGACCUCAUCACGUUGUCUUGGUUUCUUUCUGGGACUGAAAUAAUGCAGGGGAUGGCGGUAAAGACUCAUCCGUAGAGGAUAUAAGCAGUUUUAAUGGACGAGCGCUGUAUCCUUCUGCAGCAGUCUAGGGAUAGACCGUGCAGAUUUAUUUAUAGGCUGUUUCGAUUAUUGAGAAGCUGCGGUUGGAUUGACCGAUAGUGUAAGCAUAUAUAGUCUUUCAGAAAAAUAGAUGCGGGGCAAGGAAGGAAGGAAGGAAGGAAGGAAAGGGGCAUUUAGUCUCAGGCGGAACCUCACCACCGAGCAAGUCUGAAGAAGGAUUUGGAUUUCGCAAAAGGAGGCCCACGUUUUAGAUGUUUUGGAAAAGAGAGCAGAUUCUCCUGGCGCUUCCUGAUGGCAAGCCACGAACGGGGUCGUCUGUUGGUUGUCUCGCAAUUGAGUUGUAUAGUAAACUUUCUGCCUCUACAUUGGAGGUCGAGUUGGUCCAUUAUUCUACCUCGUUCUUCACAAUUCCCUCUGAAGUCGAUAUCCAUGACAAGUUUCAUCCGAAUGAUUUUUGCAACCAUGUACAUUUCAUUGAAUUGGGAUUUUUACGUCAAGGGCUUAUGAUCAAGUGAUACUGUGAUGGUGGAUUAUGACUCUUUUAGCCUUAUUCGUCCAGCCGAAUUUUUUACAGCUGUGUCAUCGUGCCGUAGCGAGUUUUCUGAAAGACUGAUUAUGGAACCGGC